GAUAUUUACUAUGGCAGUAAUUCGAAUUCAAAUAGACUUGAUGUCUAUAUUCCUGACACUUCAAAAUAUCCUCAAAUAUUUGACGCUGCAUUUCAUCCUGUAAUUGUGUUUGUUUAUGGUGGUUCUUGGGGUUCAGGCGCUCACCUUGCAUCCCUUAUUACAAUUCGCGAUUCAAUUAUUAAAUCCCAAACUAUGGAAGGAAGAGUAAGCUCAAAUCUAAAUGAUAUUGAUCCUGAAUUAGAACUUCCUAAAAUUACUGGACUUAUUUUGUAA